CGGAGUAGUAAUGCCGGGUGGUUUGGGGGCUGCGUACGCCGCAGGGGCCGGUGUGUUCGGGGCGCUGGCCGCCUGCUCAGCUAAGCUGGCCCUGGGUGCUGAUUAUCUGCGGGCGGGCUGCAUUGCAGUCGGAGGAGGAGAGGAGUCCGCCGCCUGCGCCUGGUUACCCAUGAUCCUUCGAGUGGGAUGCGGUGUUCUAGUGUUUGCAUGGAAUGCCAUAAUGUGGACUUUCUUUGCUAAAGCCUUAAGAUAUUCCUCCUCAUCAGCUACAGCAACUGUGACAUCAACAGCUUCUAACUUCAUCUCUUCCGCUUUUCUUGGCAAGAUGCUGUUUGGGGAGACUCAUGUUCUGUUGUGGUGGAUAGGGAUAUCCAUUACCCUCCUUGGACUUCUGCUGCUCCACACUGCCCCGCCACCUCUUCCAGAAGAGGAGAGGCAGCUGAAGGAAAAGGAGAAUUAGAAGCCUGAAGGAAUUUUUAGUUCAUGAUACAGACAGCAAAUCAGGACUAAAAUAAAACUCAGGCCUUCCGGCUUACUUGUCCUAGGCAGGAGCUGUUUUUUCUUGGUUUUGUUUACACGGAUGGAUUUACAGCAGAUACUUUAGCGUUGAGUACUGGAGAGACUGUGGUGAUAGUCAUGCAACAGUGAAUGCCAGCAUACCAAACCAUGAAGGAGUGCCUUUGAGAAGAGAAAAUGUCGUAUAUCUGGCCUCUGAAGUAACUCUAGAAAGAAUUUGGUAAAUAAGAAUACUUACAAUAGAAUUUACCAAAACUAAUUGGAGCAAACAGUCUUUCACAGUUUUAUGAGAAAGAGAUGUUACUACAUACUAUAGGCUCCUUUGGCUAAGCUGCCAAAUCUCAAGUUUCUGAGAGAGAGGGCGGGGGAGAGACAACUAAUUCUACAUUUGCCUGCCCUUCCCCCUUGAAAGGAUAUAGAUGUAUUUUAUCCUGUAUGUAUAAUUGACAGUAUAUGUUCUGAAUUGGGGUGCAAAUUUAUGACGUGGGGUACAGUCCCUCUGAUGGCUCUAAUGUUUGCACAGUUCUUUUGUGUAGAUCUGGAAGAUGGUAAACUUGGAUAUAAGAGUGAAUGCCAUUCACCUGGGUUGUCCCAUCUAUUACUGACAUGUUAAAUGCAUUUGGGCAGUCUCAAUAAAUUGGAAAGUCAUUGUUUCA